UUUCAGACAAAAAGAAAUGCAAAUAAACAAUACAAGGAAAGGAACCAACAAAUAUAAACAGACAUUAGACUCCUUUCCCUCUCCGCCCUCUUCUUCCGAUCACUCUUCUUUAAUACUGCUCAAGCCUCAAAACAUCCUUCUUUUCUUUUUUUUGACUUAACCAAUUAUCAUUUCUCCACAGUUUUGCAAAUUCAUCCUUUAAAUUUGAUCAAAUUACAUGGUUUUUGAGUCCAAAUUCGAUCUGGGUCAUCGCCACAAUUUCCCAUCUUGAAUUCUCCAAAGUGGGUUUUUGGUCCGCGAAACCCAAUGGUUUCUUUUGCGGGUUCGGUUGUGUCGACUUCUUUUGUCAACAUUUGCAAUAGCAGCAGUGGCCUCUCUUCUUCUNGCAGUGGCCCCUCUUCUUCUUCGUGUAGCUACAAGAAUACAUUUUUACCCAAUUCUUGUAAUUUAGAAAAGCCAUUCUUGGUGCGUCCCCUGUGGAAUAGGAAGACUGUUUGUGCUUGUGUUGCACCUCCUCGGGACUACAAAGCUGCUGACUCUGAUCGGUUUUCCACCUCAAGGUUCAAUGAAUCUGCUAAAUUGGAGAGUGUGAGCUUGUUGAGAGAGCCUGAGGAUGAGUCAGAUGUGCUCAUUGAGUGCAGAAAUGUGUGCAAGUCAUUUGGCGACAAGCAUAUCUUAAGAGGUGUGAGCUUCAAGAUCAGACAUGGUGAGGCCGUUGGAAUAAUUGGGCCUUCUGGCACAGGGAAAUCAACAAUCUUAAAGAUAAUGGCCGGCCUUCUAGCUCCUGAUAAAGGAGAAGUCUUAAUCAGAGGUAAAUUGCGCAAUGGAUUAGUGAGUGAUGAGGAAAUUUCCGGGCUUAGGAUUGGCUUAGUGUUUCAGAGUGCUGCACUUUUUGAUUCCUUAACCGUUCGUGAAAAUGUUGGUUUCUUGCUAUAUGAGAAUUCAACUAUGCCAGAGGAUCAAAUUGCACAGCUUGUAACUGAAACUUUAGCUGCUGUUGGGUUGAAGGAAGUUGAAGACCGAUUACCUUCUGAAUUGUCUGGUGGUAUGAAGAAAAGAGUUGCUUUAGCUCGCUCUAUAAUUUUUGAUACCACGAAAGAUGUAGUAGAGCCAGAGGUGCUAUUAUAUGAUGAACCAACAGCGGGCCUUGAUCCGAUUGCAUCGACCGUUGUGGAAGAUCUCAUUCGCUCGGUUCACGUGACAGGCGAGGAUGCACUUGGGAAGCCUGAAAAGAUUGCAUCUUAUGUUGUCGUCACUCAUCAACACAGUACUAUUAAAAGAGCUGUUGACAGGCUAAUAUUUCUUUAUGAAGGAAAGGUUGUCUGGCAAGGAAUGACUCAUGAAUUCUCCACAUCAACUAAUCCUAUUGUCCGGCAGUUUGCAUCAGGGAGCUUGGAUGGUCCUAUUAAAUAUUAGCUUGUAUAUCUACAGCAAAUACGCAAAAUACUUGUUCGCCCAUGUUUGAACUCGGAGUUGAACAUGGUAGACCAGCUGGCCGUUUUACGGCUGACCUUAUCAAGCCACAACAGAGAGAUUAAAAGUAGUCACAUUGGCAUCUCCCAUGAAUCUGCACAAGUCGUAGAAAAAGUUUCUACUUGUAUUUCAAUCUUAUUCUUCCCUCUUUUUUCACAUUCGUUUUUGCAGUUAGACUGUCGAGAAAUCCAAUUAUAGCAUCUUCACAGUAAGGAAUCAUGUAGAAAUAAAGUGAUUCUUUUUGCUUUGUUAUUACAUUAUAGAAGUUUUGAUUAUUUUAACACCA